GCUUCCCUCACGUUCUCUUUCUCCUCUUUUUUUUUCCUUCUUCUUUCCCUUUCUGGUUUUUUUUAUUUCACAUAUUUUAAUUUAUAAUCUCAGAGAUCUCUCGCCGGGAAAAUCUCCCGGCGAAUCAGCGAAACUUCCGGUGUUAUCUAAUCCAACAGAGAAAAUAACACGGGAGGAGAAGAACACUAAAGCUACUAAGAUGGAGUCAGAAUUUCAGCAACACCACUUCCAUCUCCACGAUCAUCAACACCAGAGACCCAGAAACUCUGGAUUGAUUCGUUACCAAUCCGCACCGAGCUCGUAUUUCUCCAGCUUCGGUGACAGAGAAUCGAUCGAAGAGUUCUUAGAUCGACCGACUAGCCCCGAGACGGAGCGAAUCUUAUCCGGUUUCCUUCAAACCACCGACACAAGCAACAACGUCGAUAGUUUCCUCCACCACACUUUCAACAGCGACGGGUCGGAGAAGAAACCUCCGGAGGUGAAGAUGGAGGAGGUAGAUAUUCCGGCGACGGCGAUGGAGGUCGUCGUUUCCGGUGGUGGUGAUGAUGUUGAGGUUUCAGUGGCUCCUGAUUCAAUUGGGUAUGAUUCGGUGGUGAGGAAUUUAGGUCAGAACAAAAGACCUAGAGAGAGAGAUGAUCGGACUCCGGCGAAUAAUCUCGCUCGUCAUAAUAGCUCACCCGCCGGAUUGUUUUCCUCCGUCGAUGUCGAAACAGCAUAUGCAGCUGUAAUGAAAAGCAUGGGAGGUUUUGGAGGAGGAAAUCUGAUGAACACAAGCAAUACUGAAGCUUCAUCGUUUACUCCUAGAAGCAAGCUUCCUCCUUCAGCUUCUAGACAGAUGAGUCCGAUCUCUGAGAUUGAUGUCAAACCUGGUUUCUCCUCUAGAUUGCCUCCUCGUACACUCUCUGGUGGCUUUAAUCGUUCUUUUGGUAAUGAAGGCUCUGCUUCCUCUAAGCUCUCGGCUAUUGCAAGGACCCAAUCUGGUGGUCUAGAUCAAUACAAAACCAAGGAUGAAGAUUCAGCGAGUAGGCGUCCUCCUCUGGCACAUCACAUGAGUUUGCCCAAGUCUUUAUCAGAUAUUGAACAGUUACUCUCGGAUUCUAUCCCUUGUAAGAUCAGAGCCAAGCGUGGCUGCGCUACACAUCCUAGGAGCAUUGCCGAGAGAGUGAGAAGAACUAAGAUCAGUGAAAGAAUGAGGAAGCUGCAAGACCUUGUUCCAAACAUGGACACGCAAACAAACACAGCAGAUAUGUUGGAUCUUGCGGUUCAGUACAUCAAGGACCUGCAAGAACAAGUGAAGGAGCUCGAAGAGAGUCGGGCAAGAUGUAGAUGCUCUAGUGCGUGAAAGUACUAGAAGUCUUUAAGUAUGCACGCGUGCGUGCCAGGGAGGGAUUUUGUGCAUAGAAGUAUCGGUUCGGCCUUUGGAGAAAGUCGAAGAUAGCGAAGUAGAGAGGAGGAGAUCAUGAACAGAGCUAAAGUUGGUGGCUGAUGGUCAAAAGGGUUUUGUAAAGUUCAAACCUUUAUUGGUCGGAGAAAAGAAGAACGAAGAAGAAGAAAGUAAGUUUGUGUAAUGGUUCGAACUCCGAAGCUAUUGUAUGUUGUUCUUACACCCCAGAAGAGAAGUGAUGUAGUACAAUGAAAAGCUUCUUUUUAACUCAAGAAUAAUUCAGGGUAAUUAAAUA